GUGAUCUUUAGAGGGUAACUGAGUAUGGAUCAUUUGAACGAGGCAACUCAGGGGAAAGAACAUUCAGAAAUGUCUAACAAUGUGAGCGAUCCGAAGGGUCCACCAGCCAAGAUUGCCCGCCUGGAGCAGAACGGGAGCCCACUAGGAAGAGGAAGGCUUGGGAGCACAGGUGCAAAAAUGCAGGGAGUGCCUUUAAAACACUCGGGCCAUCUGAUGAAAACCAACCUUAGGAAAGGAACCAUGCUACCAGUUUUCUGCGUGGUGGAACAUUAUGAAAACGCCAUUGAAUAUGAUUGCAAAGAGGAGCAUGCGGAAUUUGUGUUGGUGAGAAAGGAUAUGCUUUUCAACCAGCUGAUAGAAAUGGCAUUGCUGUCUCUGGGUUAUUCGCAUAGCUCUGCUGCCCAGGCCAAAGGGCUGAUCCAGGUUGGAAAGUGGAAUCCAGUUCCACUGUCGUAUGUGACAGACGCUCCUGAUGCUACGGUAGCAGAUAUGCUUCAAGACGUGUAUCAUGUGGUCACACUGAAAAUUCAGUUACACAGUUGCCCCAAACUAGAAGACUUACCUCCCGAGCAGUGGUCGCACACCACAGUAAGGAACGCUCUGAAGGACUUACUGAAAGACAUGAAUCAGAGUUCGUUGGCCAAGGAGUGCCCCCUUUCACAGAGUAUGAUUUCUUCCAUUGUGAACAGCACUUACUAUGCAAAUGUCUCAGCAGCAAAAUGUCAAGAAUUUGGAAGGUGGUACAAACAUUUCAAGAAGACAAAAGAUAUGAUGGUGGAAAUGGAUAGUCUCUCUGAGCUAUCCCAGCAAGGUGCCAAUCACGUCAACUUUGGCCAGCAGCCGGUCCCAGGGAACACCGCUGAGCAGCCUCCGUCCCCUGCGCAGCUCUCCCACGGCAGCCAGCCCUCUGUCCGGACCCCUCUACCGAACCUGCACCCUGGGCUCGUGUCAACGCCCAUCAGUCCUCAAUUGGUCAACCAGCAGCUGGUGAUGGCUCAGCUGCUGAACCAGCAGUACGCCGUGAAUAGACUUUUAGCCCAGCAGUCCUUAAACCAACAAUACUUGAACCACCCUCCCCCUGUCAGUAGAUCUAUGAAUAAGCCUUUGGAGCAACAGGUUUCAACCAACACAGAGGUGUCUUCCGAAAUCUACCAGUGGGUACGUGAUGAACUGAAACGAGCAGGAAUCUCCCAGGCAGUAUUUGCACGUGUGGCUUUUAACAGAACUCAGGGCUUGCUUUCAGAAAUCCUCCGAAAGGAAGAGGACCCCAAGACUGCAUCUCAGUCUUUGCUGGUAAACCUUCGGGCUAUGCAGAAUUUCUUGCAGUUACCAGAAGCUGAAAGAGAUCGAAUUUACCAGGAUGAGAGGGAAAGGAGCUUGAAUGCUGCCUCGGCUAUGGGUCCGGCCCCCCUGAUAAGCACACCGCCCAGCCGUCCUCCCCAGGUGAAAACAGCCACGAUUGCCACUGAGAGGAAUGGGAAACCAGAGAACAAUACCAUGAACAUUAAUGCUUCCAUUUAUGAUGAGAUUCAGCAGGAAAUGAAGCGCGCUAAAGUGUCCCAAGCACUGUUUGCAAAGGUUGCAGCAACCAAAAGCCAGGGGUGGUUGUGUGAGCUGUUGCGCUGGAAAGAAGACCCCUCUCCAGAAAACAGGACUCUGUGGGAGAACCUCUCCAUGAUCCGAAGGUUCCUCAGUCUUCCUCAGCCAGAACGCGAUGCCAUUUAUGAACAGGAGAGCAACGCGGUGCAUCACCAUGGCGACAGGCCGCCCCACAUUAUCCAUGUUCCAGCAGAGCAGAUUCAGAGCCCCUCUCCCACCACCCUUGGGAAAGGAGAGUCUAGAGGCGUUUUCUUACCAGGCCUGCUGACCCCUGCACCGUGGCUCGGUGCUGCUCCUCAGGUGAGCGGGCACAAGCUAACCUAUGCCAGCAAGAGGGGGUGGCGUCAAGACCUGCUCCCUCGGUCUGGAUUUUCAGACUUGCAGAGGACCUACUCCAGGGAUGACAUGGGGCACAACACGGGUAUUUUCCCCCGGGACUCUGUAGCUCUCCUAUCUAAAAUGCCUUUGAAAUCCUUACUCCUCAAUCUUCAUUUUAAAUCUUUGUUAAUUAUUUACAUCGUAAUUUGCUUCGCUAUCUUCGCCUUUGAUGCGUAUCCUUCUGGUGAAGUUCAUGGCUCAUACUGUCUCAGCGCGGCCUCGCCCGCAGAGGCCGAGGACGAGAACCGGCAGAAGACCCGGCCGCGAACCAAAAUUUCCGUGGAGGCGCUAGGCAUCCUCCAGAGUUUCAUCCAAGACGUGGGCCUGUACCCGGACGAAGAGGCCAUCCAGACUCUGUCCGCGCAACUCGACCUCCCCAAGUACACCAUCAUCAAGUUCUUUCAGAACCAGCGGUACUAUCUCAAGCACCAUGGCAAACUGAAGGACAACUCCGGCUUGGAGGUGGAUGUGGCCGAAUACAAGGAAGAGGAGUUGCUGAAGGAUUUGGAAGAGAGCGUCCAAGACAAAAAUGCCAACACCCUUUUCUCGGUGAAGCUAGAAGAAGAGCUGUCGGUGGAAGGAAACACAGACAUUAACACUGACUUGAAAGACUGAGAUCAAAGUAUUCUUUUCAUUCAGCAGUGCCACAGGUGUUUACCAACGACGUGAGGAGUCCACCUUGUAUUCUCCAGAAAACCUUCGUUGUUCAUUGUUUGGCCAAUGAAUCUUCAGAAACUUGCACAAACAGGAAAGUUGAGAGCGGAUAAUACAGACUGCACUAAAUGUUUUACUCUGUUUUACAAACUGCUUGGCAGCCCCAGGUGAAGCAUUGAGGAUUGUUUGGUAUUAAAAAUUAAAAUUUGUGUUCAUGGGACGCAUCAAGGUGCGGACCCAUAAGCAUGAUACGGUGAUUUUUUUUUUUUAAAGAAUUAUUAUUCUGGAGCCUCAAACAAGCAUUAUAACUUCUGUGAUUAUUAUUUCCUUCCUUUAAUUAUUUCUGUAACACUCCACACUGAUCUUUGGAAACUCGCCCCUUAUUUUAAAAAAGAAAAAAAAAGAGUUUGUUACUCUAUUGUAUGUUACAAAAGAACUAUAGACUGUGGAAUGCAGUUUAAAGAUGACAUAUGCCAACAAAUGCCUUGUAUUAUAUGGCACUGCCGUAAUUCAAAUUUGUUUUUAUUUUGGAAAUAAAAGUUCACUGUAAUUUUUUUUCAUUCUCAUUGUUACAUGAUUUUUUUAAAAAAUGAAAAAAUGUGAAACACAAUUUAGUCCUCAUUAUUUAUUUGUAGAUCCUGCAGCAUCAUGUUGUAAUUAAUUUUUUUGAAGUUUCCGUUAAAUGUAAUAUUGCUUCUCUUGUUACCAUACUGAUUCUUUUCUAUUUAUAAAUGUAUUUUGAUGGGCAGUAAAACAAAGUGUCUUAAAAGUUUUAAAUAGAGAAAAUGUGCUUUACACAGUUGCCUAUAAAAAGUGCUCUAUGUUAUCCAAGCAAUUCAUACUAUAAGCUUCACUCUUACUGUUGUAUGCAAUUUUUACUAUCAUGCAAAUAAGCUUAGGUAAAUAAAACUAAUAGAUCACCUUAGAAAAUUAUGCAAUUAAUGUGAAAAUAAUUGAUGUUUGCAAUGUGUCUUCCUUUGGUUUACAAUCAAUUUUAAAGCUACAUCUGUAUAAAAUUUCUGUAUAAAGGUGUAUUUCUUUUUUAUGAGUUUAUGGCUAUGAAAACACCAGCUAUUUUGUUACAGCUGGCUGUUUUUAUAAGUGUAUCACAAUUUUCUUUAUGCAGAAAUGUUCUGAUUAGGAGUGGUUAUUGACUGUAACUACACGAUUAAAAUUGUUUGUAUGGUAUGAUAUGGUAGGGUUUGUCUGCUUAUGUGAAGUAACUUUACAGAGUCCAAGAUGGCCCUCCCGGUUAGGUGCAUGUUAAUAUUUUCUUGACGCUAUUUUACUGAUUUUAUAAAGAGCAAUCGGAAAGUCACUUGAAACACUGUCAAUUUAAAUCACAAACCUGUGGUCAUUUUUUAAGUUUUAACAACGAAGACCAUAACCUGUUUCUGGUUAAUAUUUUGCCUAAUAAACAGAGAUAGAAGAAUGGUCAGAUGACCUGCCAACAAAAACAUAAACCUAGUUUCUAGGAGUUAAGCGCUUAGAAUGAAUUCGUCCGCAUUUAUUUCACAAUAUUUAAUUGUGGCAACGCUUUUUUUAAGCUAAUGUGUAAAUAUGUUAAAGGCCUUUAUCAGUAACAUAAAGUUAGUAGGGAAAAAAUGGAUCUUCUGUAUAAAAAGCUCAUAGUAAGCAAUGUAUUUUUUUAAGUUAUAAGUGGAAUAUAAGUUAAUAACUCUGAGCUCAUUUGGUUGUGUAUGUCAUAACUAUAGGAACUAAAUGAAAAUAAGAAUAACACACCUGAAAUUUAAACACAAUCUUCAAAAUUCUCGCAACAUUAAAAGCUCUGUAAACUCUCAAGAUCUAAAGUGAGAUGUGCUAACGGUCAGGGAAAGGAAUGAGGCCAGUGUUGCAGUUUUUGAUUAUUCUUAUUUUGUUUGUAUCCACUUUGUCUUUUGCUGCUUUUUAAGGUUUCCAAGAUGUUAAUAGGGCUAUCUAUCUGGGUUCCAUGAUGGUUGGUUCUGAAAUUGUCCAAUCUGAUCAUGCCUACCAUUUUUCCAGGCCCCGAUGAGCUCAUUGGUACGCAACUGGGCUGCUUUAAUGUUGAACUUUUAUUCAAGAAACUAAAAUGGCAUCAUUGAAGACUCCCAAUUCAGCUGUAAAAAGUACUAUUUACUUUUGAAGCACAGCUGAACUACUUCGAAGGCAGCUGGCUUGCCAUAACUUAAAAUUGUAUUGAAAAAGUUCUUUUUAUUAAAUGAGAAGACAACUUUUAAACAUUUCUUGCUCAGAGUUCAGAAAAUCAUUUGAGCGAACAGAAUUUGAAUUAAUGAAAUAGAAACUAGAUCUCAUGUAUUUAAAAAAUGAAUAAAUAGAAACUAGUAUGCCAUAAAGUUUUUUACAAAAUCCUUUCUCCCUUUUGUUUCCCCUCUCAGUUUAGGGGGAGAAAGCUAGAGUGAAGAGUAGACUUUUGUUUUAUUUUUUUAACCAGCCCAACAGAAUAUAAGGUGCCAGAAAUUUAAUAUUUUUAGAACGAAAAAUUGGGUUGCAAGUACGAUUUUGCCAUUCCCAGUAACCUAAUUUCUUUUGAAGUUAACAUUUUGAAUGAAUUGAUGAGUGUGUGUGAGAAAUCAGUACAAUACUAAUAAAAUUCUCACUUAGACCCAUAAGCAGCAUAAUCUUACUGAUACGAUGUGUUAAACCAAAAAUAAAAAUAAAAAGCACAGAUAAAAAAAGAGUGAUGGUCAUGAUGGAGUGAGCAAAAUUGUUUUCAGGGGAGAUGGCACGAUGCCACAGGGAUUUGCUUGGGUGAGCUUCCACACUGCUCCCCUCUUGUUUUUUAUUGUUAAUCCCAGUCCUCUGACCACCAGUGGCUAUGGUAAAAACUCCUUGAACACGCUUCAUUGUGUCCGAGUAUUUCAGAAACUUUUAAAAGCUGGGCAUGACGUAGCGCUUUGUGCUGUUAAGACCUUAGCAGAGUCAGGUAGUUUACGGGUAAUAGUCACCCUUGUGCAUCUCAAUCUGUCAUGGAUUCCUUCCCUCAGCACUUUGCCACUAAUUUGUAUUACACUCUGUGGCCAUAUAAUACUUGCACAUUAUGCAAAAAAUAAUGUUGACAGUAUCUCUUUGGCACGUAAUAUGCAGAGUUGACACAUAACCUUUGAAAACCAAGGUAACUAAUAUGCGUGCCCUAGUUGUAUGGCACUUGGCUAAAAAGUCUGUACAUAUUUAUGUAUAAAAUGUGUAUUGAUUAACAUUUAGUCCUAAGGAAUUCUGAGCUUAAAAGAAGUGUUCUUUUUUUUUUUCAAGUAGUGAUAUCUAUAUCUAACUGUGCUUAUCUAAAAUAUAUAGCUUGAGUAGAAAAUAUUUUCAAACUGGUCAACGUUGAGUAAAAAUGACAAUCCCGUACAUUCCACUAUUAAAUUCUUCCCUUUUCCCUAUUGUUCUCAUCAGCUAAUAUUAAGGUCCUUGAUUGUCACGAUAUUAUCAAUAAAUGAGGUAUUCUGAA